CACCCACGGGCGGAGCGGAGUCGCGCGCGGUAUGGCGCGCCCGCGGCUGUCGCGCUCGUGAGGGAGGACGCGGGCCCGACGUGUCGUCGCGCGAGCCAUGUCCCCGCUGGCCCGGCGACGGGAUCGCGUGCAGACAAGGGCCGACCUGAGCGCGGAGCUCGCGCCCGUGCCUCGCUGGCUUCAGCUUCGCAGAUAAUAUACGCCGGCGGCUUGCGACGUGAGUCACGGGGUCCUACGUGUAGUCGACGGGGGAUGACACGGGGCGACCUGUGAACGUCGACGUGCCGACAUCCGUAUUUGCGUGCGCCCCCCGGAUAUCGCCGUCGUUUCGCGCGCUCGCGCGCCUUCGUAUCUCGCUCUCCUUUUUUUUCUUUUCACCGCGGUGAAUUUAUUAUGGUAUCAUCAUGACCACAAUACCGCUGACCGACAAACAGCUUCAUCAACUGAGUAUCAGCAUCGGGAAGGCUGUAAACGCGGCAGAGACGCCGGUCAAAGAGAAACAUGUCCGCAGUGCCAUCAUCGGCACGUAUCGAGAGAAGAGCGGCUGCAUCUUCUGGACGUACAUGCUGAGGCAGCCGUUGCAGGAGAAUCAGAUCGUCGCGUGGAAAUUCUGCCAUGUGCUGCACAAGGUGUUGCGCGAGGGCCACCCUCGGGUCAUCGUCGACUCCCAGCGGUAUCGCGGCAAGCUGGAGGACAUCGGGAAGCUCUGGCAACACCUCAGAGAGGGCUACGGUCGUCUCAUACAGCUGUACGCAAGACUGCUGAUAACUAAAUUAGAUUACCACAAGCGGAAUCCGCGCCUACCUGGGAAUUUGCAAGUAACGCCGGAAGAGCUCGAGGCAAUUGGGGAAAAUGACAUCAAUAUAUACUUCCAGAUGUCCGUCGAGAUGUUCGAUUACAUGGACGACAUUUUGAAUUUACAACAUGCAGUUUUCGGUUCUCUGGAUCUGUCACGAUCCAAUUCGAUGACGCCGUGCGGCCAGUGUCGACUCGCGCCUUUGAUUCCGUGUAUCCAGGACGCCUCGCAGCUGUACGAUUGCUGCGUGAAGAUCCUGUUUAAGCUCCACGGCGCGCUCCCGGCGGACACGUUGACCGGACACCGCGAUAGAUUCUCGAAGCAGUUCCACGAGCUCAAGAGCUUUUACAAUACCAUCAAGCACAUGCAGUAUUUUAAACAUUUGAUAGCAAUUCCGUCGUUACCUGAGAAGCCACCCAACUUUUUAAUACAAGCCGAGUUGCGAACGUACGUCACGCCGAUUGUGGUACUUCCGCCCGAGGAAUCUAUAGAUCCCGAGACUGCCAUAGAUAACCUUAUUGAUACGUCUGAUACAGGAUCACUAACCGGCGAUCAGUUGGAUUCUGUGAAUACGCGAAAUGGCUCAAUAUCACCCGAUAUUCUUGCAGAGAGAGACAGCCUUAUUGAUCAUUUGUAUCAAGAAAACAUUCGCCAAAGGCAAGAAGUAAAUCAUUUAUUAAUGGACCAUCAACAGAUAGUUGCGGAUUUUAGAAAUCGCGUUUUAGAAUUGGAAUCGACACUUUCUACGAAGAGCAAUGAAAUUGUGACGGAGAAGCAAACUUGUCAGAAAUUGAUGAAGGAAAACGCUGCUACGUUAACAAGCAUUCGAGAAAUAGAAGGGAAAAAUGAGGUGUUGGAGGAAAAGUUUAAAAAACUCAAGGAUGUUUACUCGAAACUGAGAGAAGAACAUAUCAGUUUAAUCAGGAAGAAAGCUGAGCUAGAUAAGGAAUUGGGAGGAAUCAAGAUAUUACGAGAGCAAUCUGAACGUCGGACGACCAAAGCGGAAGAACGAUUGCAGGAGUUGCUUCAAGGGCAAGCGUCGACGGAACAAGAAACGCAGCGGGUAGCGCAAGCGCGCGAAGAUCUGGAGGAUGUGAGAAAGAAGCUCGACGCUGUUCAAACUGAAAAUCUGGCUUUAAUAGCGAAAAUAGAUUUUAUAACGUCCGAGAAAACAGCGUUGGAAGGAGAUCUCCAUGACUUGUUGGUGCAAAAGGAAGAGCUGGAUUUACGGAUAGUAAAUUUGGAGGCCGACGCCGAGCGAUCCCAUAAUCAAGUGAAAACGGACGCUAACACGGCUUUGUUUGAUUUAUUAUUGAACGCUAUAUCAGAGGCGGAAUCUAUCAUGCACCAUGCGAUGCAUACGAUCGAUAAUCCAGCCAUAUCGGCGUUAACUUGCACGCCCGAUUAUCUCGGAAGUUUACUGGAGCCGACAGAAAAGUCGUUUAAUGACUUGGAGGAGGCGUACAACAAUUAUAUGCUCGAUACAACGAAGGGGAAAGCGCUAAUACGUACCGCUGUACAUGGCGCGUACUUUCUGGCUCUCUAUCUGAUAUAUGCAAAGUCCACUUCGAAUACAUCGACGGAUAUUGGUAUAGCCGACAGAUUUGCCGAUGAAUGCAAACAAUUAGGCUCGCAAGGUUUAAUUAUGUUGAGUUAUAUCAAAGAGAAGUCCUCAAUGACCGGUGCGCAAAUUGCAAAUGUCAAAAGUCAGUUACAAAAGAUUUCGUCUCUCAUAAGUACGUUAUCGACUACUCAGAACAACGUGGAAAUUAUCGGGACUUUAGUAGAAAGCGAGUUGCAGAGUAUGGAUAAAGCUAUAGAAGAAACGGUUGCAAAAAUACAGGAUAUGUUGGAUAAAUCUCGCGCGGCGGACUCGGGUGUGAAACUGAAAGUGAACGAACAGAUCCUGGAUUCCUGCACGGAUCUAAUGAAGUGCAUAAGGAAAUUAGUGCAGAAGUCGCGCUUUCUGCAGAGAGAGAUUGUAGAUCAAGGAAAGGGAACUGUUUCCGCAACUGAGUUUUACAAACGUAACCAUCAGUGGUCCGAGGGUCUCAUCUCGGCGGCGAAAGCGAUUGCUAUGGGCGCCAAUUUUUUGUUAGAAGCAGCGGACAAAGUUGUGUUGGGCAACGGCAAAUUCGAGCAAUUGGUCGUUGCCUCGCAAGGAAUAGCAGCGUCUACUGCACAAUUGGUAGUCGCUAGUAGAGUCAAGGCUGACAGAAACAGUAACAAUUUGACUGAACUCUCUAAAGCCUCGAGAGAGGUGACUCAAGCUACGGCGAACGUUGUGGCGACUGCUAAAAGUUGCAAUCAUCUUGUCGAGGAAAAUGAAGAUCUAGACAUGUCUAAUCUGAGUUUACAUCAGGCGAAAAGGCUCGAAAUGGAGGCGCAAGUGCGAAUCUUGGAACUGGAACAGGCUCUGGAGACCGAGAGAUUACGUCUAGCCGCUCUUCGACGUCAUCAUUAUCAGCUUGAUGGUGAAAACGUAGCGUAAGCUCCGAGUAUGGAUUCGGGCUUAGACUAAGGAUGUUCAACAAACACAAAAAUUGCAUGUAGAUAAAGAAUCAUUAGCAAUUGUGUAAAUUAGUUUCGACUCAACUAACCAUCGUAGAGAUCUGUUUUUCAUUUAUUAGAAACAAAGCUAAUUAUUCGUUUGUUGUCAGCAUUUACGUAUUACCCAUGUCUCGAGAAUCAACGAUAACUUUCCGUCGUAUUAUACAAGUCGAUUAAAUGUACUUCAUCGAAUAGUGCUCGAGCACGUUUACUCGACCAUACAUUGAAUGAUCGCGUCGUUAUUUUGAUCUUCCAGAGUCCUUUUUUUUCCCAUUGUCUCUUCUUGGACAACGAGCGUUUAUGAGAUAAAGUACAUUUUAAAUUUAAUGAGCAAUGAAAUUCAAAAUAUCUAACGCGAGUUUCUAUUACAUUUGGAGUAAUUUUAUAAGAGAGUCGUGUUUUUUCCUAAACAAAUAUAUAUUAUACAUAUAUGAGGAGGAUUGUAUGUUAAGUGACCAAUACCUGAAACUUUAAGAGAUCUGUAAAGUUUACUAACUUGUUACGAUGUACAUGCGAGGUACUUUCGUUCUCGAAUGAGCGACUCGUACCUUGUGUAAUAAUUAGUUUAGACUAAAACGCAAGUUUCCAUUUCCGUUUGCCCGGCGAUCAGUUCGAUAUCGGGAGAUUCAACGCGAAAAGGAGAAAAACUUAACAUAUGAAAUUCUUCUAAUGGUCUUACCAAAGUUAUUAUUUUAUAAAUACAAUUUUCUCAAUAAAUCAUUAAGAGAGAA